UCUUUUGUCAUUUUUCUCUCCACCUCUCAACAAAAUUCACAAUACAAACAACCUACUUUGUCCCUAACAUUAACCAGCCCUAACCCAAAAUUUCAAAACCCUUUUGCUUCUUUAUUCCUUCUUCUUUCUAACUUCCAUUUUUUAAUCCUCUGACAAGAGAAUCAACCUCUAGUUUCUGGUUAAAAUAUAUUAGCAACGGUCUAUUCUCACAUGGCGCCGAUUAAACUUUUUCAAAACUGACAUCACCUCCCCCACCAUCCCUCCACUGAUUACUCACCUUAAAUACCAGCUUUGAUUACAGUUUCUCUUCAUUUUCUUCAAUGGGUAAUUGUUCCUUCAAAGGGGCAAGUACUGGGGUAGGACCUAAGUUCUGCAUCCGGCUUCUUACAGAUUCAGGGGAUAUUGUAGUGCUAAACACACCUAGAUUGGCUAAAGAUGUGGUUGAUGAGUAUCCAGGAUACGGUAUUUUCAAACAAGGCCAUGCAUCAUCUCCGGUGUCAAGCGAAGAACGUCUAGUUAAUGACCAAUUUUAUUAUCUGCUUCCGCUAGAGGCGUUGGCUGAGAGUGAAAAAGGAAAGAGUGUGAAGCAAGGCGAAGAACGAAGAGUGCCGUUGGUGGAGAAAUUGGCGAAUGGAGAAGGAAUUCGAGUAUUGCCCUCACAAAAGAAGGGAGUUUGGAAAGUGAAGCUGAUGAUCAAUACUAAACAGUUGGAGGAGAUAUUAGCGGAGGAAGGGAAUACAGAGGCAUUGAUAGAGAAAAUGAGGAUGGCGGCAGCAGCAACUGCUACUUCCAACCCUAAGCGAACCAAGGCAUCUUGCCUCUAUUACCCUUGAUUUUGAAUAAUUUCAUUACUGCUUCUCUGCUCUUUUUUUUUUUCUUCUUUUCUUCUUUUUCUUCUUUUCUUCUUUUUCUUUUCUGGUCGGAGUCUAUGAACUAUAUCAAGGGAAUAACUUUCUCCCUCCUGUACUACUCUUUAGUUUUAACCUAAGUUAACUGAUUCA